UUCGAAUCCCAGCAAUUCUCGCGAAACAGAUGGUGUCCCGCUCGCGCUCCCCUCGGCCAAUCGCGUGUGCCAGAAUCAGCUGACUCGCGCGGACAGCGCCAGGUGCGCGAGCCCGUUAUUUUUCUCUGUGUAGCGCGUGCUGCCUCCAGUGUGCACAGACCACCGGUGGCAUACCGCUCUUCAAACUAAACGGACCAUGCGCUUUUCUACGGGGAAUCCGUGUGGACAUAACGAAGGGGUACCCGAAUAAAACAUAUGGCUUGCUCGUAUGCAGCUCAGGAGCAACGUGAUUACAAAACAAAUAAGUCUCACAUCGCCUUCUGGAUUUUUCCCCUUGUUUGUUGACGUUUCGGUCUGUAAGGACACUGCAUGCACCGAGGGAGGAGGCCGGUGCAACUGAAACGUGCACGCCGAAGAGACCCCGUUGCACUGUCCUGAUAUUAGACUGUGUCGGAGUCUACAGGGAAUCUACUGGGAAACUACCGCUUGGAAUUUCUGUGCCACUGUGACUCAAGUUUUUACAGGACAAAAGACUGAUGCAGUUACACUUCUGAACACUUGAUGAAAGUCUUAUCAUACACUCCAGAUCUUUUUGCUUCUUUGGGAAUCCAACCCAUUUUUCAUCAGAGUGGCUAAAAAUGGCUAUAGGGACUGCAUUCUGUGUUGCUCAGCCUUGCUUCAUUUUUCUGCUGGCAUUAAUUACAUUCUCGUCUGCUAAAGCUACAGAGUGUCCUCAACUAUGUGUAUGUGAAAUCAGACCGUGGUUCACACCCCAGUCUACCUACAGGGAAGCUAUAACCGUAGACUGCAAUGACCUUCGUCUUACACGCAUCCCUGGAAACCUGUCAAGUGAGACACAGGUGUUGCUGUUGCAAAGUAACUACAUUGCCAGGACUGGUGAGGAACUGGAGCAGUUGCUAAACCUGACUGAACUGGAUCUUUCCCAGAACAACUUCACCAACAUUCGUGACAUAGGCCUGACCAACAUGUCCCAGCUCACUACGCUCCAUCUGGAGGAGAACCAGAUUGUUGAGAUGCCUGACUUCAGCCUUCAGGACCUUACAAAUCUUCAAGAGCUUUAUAUAAACCACAAUCAAAUUAGUUCCAUUGCUCCUAAUGCAUUCGCUGGUUUGCGCAACUUGCUAAGGCUACACCUGAACUCAAACAAGCUCAAAGCUAUUGAUAGCCGUUGGUUUGAAUCGACCCCCAACCUUGAGAUCUUAAUGAUUGGAGAAAAUCCUGUGGUUGGGAUAAUGGAUUUGAAUUUUAAACCUCUGGUUAACCUUAGAAGUCUGGUAUUAGCAGGGAUGGAACUUACUGAUAUACCAGGCAAUGCUUUUGUUGGACUGGACAAUCUUGAAAGCCUCUCUUUCUACGAUAAUAAACUUGUGAAUGUUCCUCAAAAUGCACUACAGAAACUACCAAACCUGAAAUUCUUGGAUUUGAACAAAAACCCUAUUCACAAAAUCCAGGAAGGGGAUUUCAAAAAUAUGUUAAGGCUUAAAGAACUUGGUAUUAAUAACAUGGGAGAGCUUGUCUCUAUUGAUCGUUUUGCCCUGGAUAAUCUCCCAGAAUUGACCAAACUUGAGGCCACCAAUAACCCUAAGCUCUCGUACAUUAGCCGAUUCGCAUUCCGUGAUGUUCCAUCUCUUGAGAGUCUCAUGCUCAACAACAAUGCUCUAAAUUCUGUUUACCUGGCAACAGUAGAAUCCUUACCCAACCUGCGGGAGAUCAGCAUUCACAGCAACCCACUGCGGUGUGAUUGUGUUAUCCAGUGGAUGAGUUCAAAUAAGACGACCAUACGAUUCAUGGAACCUCUUUCAAUGUACUGUGCAAUGCCACCAGAGGUCAGAGGGCAGCGCAUGAGAGAGGUACUUUCACAUGAAUCUGCUGAGCAGUGCUUGCCAAUGAUAUCCCACGACACCUUCCCUAACCAUCUUAACCUGGAUAUUGGCAUGGCCGUAGACCUUGAUUGUCGUGCAAUGGCAGAGCCUGAACCAGAGAUAUACUGGGUGACACCAUUAGGUAACAAGGUCAUGAUGGAUACUGUGUCUGAUAAGUACCAUCUAAACAGUGCCGGAACGCUACAUAUAUCAAACAUUCAAGCUGAUGAUUCUGGUCGCUACACCUGCGUUGCUCAGAAUACAGAGGGUGCUGACACUCGGGUGACUGCAAUCCGGGUCAAUGGCACUCUCCUGGACAGCACUCAGCUUAUGAAAAUUUAUGUGAAACAGACAGAGUCUCACUCAGUACUGGUGUCCUGGAAGGUAAACUCCAACGUAAUGACUUCUAACCUCAAGUGGUCUUCAGCCACCAUGAAGAUUGACAACCCCCAUAUCACCUACACAGCCAGAGUCCCUGUAGAUGUCCAUGAGUAUAAUCUGACACACCUUCAACCAGCUACUGAAUAUGAGGUCUGUCUCUCAGUUUCUAAUAUUCACCAACAGACUCAAAAGUCUUGUGUAAAUGUCACAACUAAACAUUCCACUUUUGCUGUGGAAAUAUCUGACCAAGGCACCAACACAGCUCUUGCUGCUGUCAUGGGUACAAUCCUGGCUAUCAUCAGCCUGGGGUUCAUCUCGGUCUACAUUGCCAAGAGAUGGAAAAGGAAGAAUUACCACCACUCGCUCAAAAAGUACAUGCAGAAAACCUCUUCUAUUCCUCUUAAUGAGCUCUACCCUCCUCUCAUCAAUCUGUGGGAUGUAGACACAGAAAAGGACAAAGAUGGCUCCUUGGAGCCAAAGCCAAGCCAGGUUGACACAACAAGAAGCUACUACAUGUGGUGAAGUCCAUCAAACUGUUGUUUUGGAGCACAAAGACACGUUUUACUUAUUUGUGCAAAAGUGGAUUUAUUCUCUGCUUUGCUUAUUGGUAACAACUACACUGCCGGUCAAAAGUUUUUGAACACGUGGAGGAUUUUUUGUUAUGUUUUAUUCCAGUUUUACAAAAUUAAAAAUAUCCAUUCUGCUUUAUUAUAAUGCUUCAUUACAGGCAAGUGCACUUGUUUGGUGAACCAGUUACUGCAAGACUGUAAACCUAUAUAACUUGUGCUAGAGUAUAAAGGUGUGCACGGAGACGAGGAUCUUGUGGGAGGCAGCCAAAUAAGCUGUGGGAGCAGGUGGUUUUUACUUUUAUGUGGGUGGGAGCAGGAAAUGAGUUAUGAAACUCUCAGGACAAAGCAAGGCCACAUUCAUUAACAUGGGAGCAUACUGAGUGCUCACGUGGCACAGCGUUCAUUUGUUUAACAAUUGUUUUACUUUAGAGCAAUGGUGGUUUAAUGAGCAAUUUAUAUAUUUUGGUAAAUAGAACCAAUAAGUCCAAGAAAAUAUUGACCGUGCAAAAAAAAAAAAAAAUGAAAUAAUUGGAGUGGACUGCAGAAGCAUGCAGGAUUUGUCUGAAGUGUCUGAUAGGAUUGUAAGAAUUUCUUUAGGAGUGGACAGUAGUGGAUUAAAAAAAAAAUAAAUAAAUAAAAUAAAAAAAUAAAAAUACAAUCGCCCAAACAUCAACAAGUGCCUAAUUAGAUUUAUCCAGGCUUUUUUUCCUGUUAGAUCUAGGUUUUUCCCAAUAAAAAUAAAAUAAAAUGUUAGCAGUGUUUAUUUCUUACUUAGAUUUUCUAAUUCUAGAGUAUUUACCUUGAACCCAUUUUCAUUUCAUGUUUAAGCAAAGGUUAUAAUCGAGGGAUUCAGAAACUUUUGAUUGGCAGUGUAAAUGGCCUAAUGAUUCAAAUAUUUUAGUAGAGCAUAUUACUUUUUCUUCUUAGCUCAAUAUUGCAGCUUUGUUUAGUUUCUGGGACAUGUUAGUAGCUGUGCUUUUUAUGUUCAGUAUAUUUUAAUAGCACAGCAUAGAUAUUGUCAAAGAUUAUUUUUGGGUCAGUUGAUGCUGUAGCAGUUUGAUCCAGUACUGUACAAAUGUCUUUGGCAGUAUUCAUGUAGAAUGUAAAGUUUCUUUCUCUCUUUUGUAAAAAACAAAACAAAAAAAAAACAGUUUAUCUGUUGUGCACUGAAAUAUAUUAAGAAUUCUGUCCAUGGACUACAGUGUAAGCUGACAAAAUGAUUUUAGACUUGAGAUACUGUCUAUUAAAUGAUGUUAGCAAUUGUUCUGUAAUGUUGUAUCAACUAUAAUUUUAACUUUUUUUAAAUAAAACGUUACAUUUUGAUUUAGAACUUAAACAAAUAGUUCUACAUUUUUUAUUUUUUAUUUAUUUAUUUAUUUUUAAAUAUUAAAGGUCAAAUAAAUGAAUCAGUAGCAUUUUCUACUUCUCUACAUAUAGUCUGAGUGUCAGAGGGGUCUAGAUCUACUUCCACCAGAGUACAAUCUUUCCAGAACUAGUGUUCUCAUUUCCUAGAAUACAAAUAUUAAAUUUAUCACCUUGUGGAGAUGACCUCACAGAUGUACCCUGUAAAUGACUGUGGUACAGUACAACCACAUGAUGGUAACUUUAGUCUUUAUUAAUUGAUAUUCAUCACUGAUUCAGAGAGCAGUCAUGUGGAUUAUCUGUGUUGGCAAGCAGCAGCUUGGAGUUAAUGUAGAUUGAUUCAUCACAACUUUAUAAUCUCCUUUAUUUAAAGGCACAAUGGUGAGUUGUUUGUGCUGCUGAGCCCUACUAAAGUUGGAUGAUGGACAUCAACAAUGAACAAGCAUCUUCAACAAACACUUUCAUAGCCUUGCCCUAAGUGCAGCAUAAUGCCAAUUGCAAUCUAAGAAGCAUGCCUCACAGGCCAUGGAAAAAACUCCUGCUUAUUCAGCAACUUUCCCCAAUACUGUAGGAAUGCAGAUCACUAGAAAAAGGAAGACAAGCUCCUUUGUGGAGCAGUCAAAGGAAGAACUGCAUCCAACACAGGAUUCACAGCUGCUUUCCACCAGGGAGACUAUAGAAUUAGUGCUCGUACUGUAUUGUUCAACAGAGUAGUGGAUAUAUAUAUAGGAGAUGAUAUAGGCUAUAUAUAGCAGAGUAGAGGAGUUGAUAUCCUGCAUGUGCUUUAGUAGCAAUGCACAAGUGCAAAGCACUGUUGAGCUAAGUACAGCUGCCUCACUUGUAGAGACAGACCCUGAUGUACUUACUAUUCCAAUGGCUGAAUCUCAUUCUGUAAACUUGAAGGCCACCUUGGAGAAGAUUGCUGAUUGGCCACCAACUGAGGAUUCUGGAGGUCAGAAUAUGACCCCACGACACAAGUCAAGUCAAGCCAAGAAGCCUUUAGUCAUUUUAACCAUAUAUAGCUGAUGCAGUACAUGAUGAAAUGAAACAAUGUUUCUCCAGGACCAUGUUCUCCAACCAGCAUAUCAGCCAAUAAUGCGUUGAGAGCGGGCAUCAAGGCUGCCAUGUACAUAAUUAAAGCUUGAUCCUGUACCUGCUGAAAAUAUCUAAUAUUACUUUGAGUGAUAUUGCCUCAGAAUGCUACAGUAUAAACUGAUUGAGAAAUUAUCAUCCUCAGUAAAGUACAGUAACAAUAGAUGAAUUGAAUAAGGAUCAGCAUCAUACUUAAAUGUCUAUUAUUCUCAACAGGGAAGAACAGCAGUCAUCAUUUACCAUUAAAGUGGUAUCAGCACUCAUAUUAAGCACUGUCAAAGCACUCCAUGAAAUACAUUUUCCAAGGAAUGCUUUAGGAAGUGUUACAAAUCACUUUGAUACGUCACCUACAUGAAUUCCAGAUAUAAAUUGUUCUGGUUGUCUGGAAGAAAAGGAUGUGGAAUUAUAGGUUACAUGAGUAACAGUGGAGGACAAUCCAGCAAUCUGAGUGAAUUAGAUUGAUGUAGCAAGGGCCUCUCAUAGGCUACACAUGUGAGGGCACAGUCACAAUCAGGAGGUGAUCAUGUACCAUCAUAUUUGUUCAUGUUUCUAUCAGAACUCACCAAGGAAACAAGCAAAAAUAAAAACCUAGUUCUGGAAGGAAGCCACCCUGGUGGUCCUCUUCAUAUAGAAACCAUGGUUAUAUUCCUGACCUACCAUUUGGCUUUUUAGCUUAGUUCCACUCUCAAGUGUAGUCAUGAGUUUAGAUUGUAGCAAAGCAAUGAAGCAAUUCAUAUUUUACAAGGAAUUUUUAUGCAAAGUUUUGCAGUAAUUAUGCUGGCAUUUCAUAAACUUUGUCAUAGUCACUAUAGAGGUAUCAACACCUACAGUUGUUGCCAUAGCGUUUAUGAAAAUAGAGAUAUCGAAAAACUAUGCUUUUCUAACUGCUAUGAUUUUGUUUGAUUCUUUGUUUGUUUGUUUGUUUUAAUUUAUUCAGAUAUUCAGGAAAAGGCAGUUCAGUGAAGUGACAAGAAUACAGGACAAAGCUGUUUCUGUUAGUCAUUAUUUUGGCAUUAUUUUUUUCUAGAUGAACACUGACCUGUAAAAUUGCAAGCUUAUUUUUUUAUUUGAGAUGAGACUGUCAUCUCUCCAGCUGUUAAUAAAUAUAGGCUUGACUAAUUAUUAAGUAGCGGGCAUACCGGACAUUUGCCUUGUUAUUUUCUAGAUAUCCAGUUGAACAUUUAUGGCCACUUGCUUGACACGUAUAUAUCUCUCUGGUUGAUGUAAUUUCUAUAAAAUUGAUAUGGAUCUGGCCAUAUGUUAAGCUGUUGCCAUCUUAGCUAAACUCAGUUCUAGUAGCUGCAUUUGCUUAUACAGUAAGCCAGGAUUCUCUGCAUCCAUCAUGUAACACACAAAUUUGAUCAAACUCACCAUUGUAUAAUGAAUAGCAUCCAGUUCAGCAAAGAUGCACAUGAAGACAGCUACUGCAUUUCUGUAUCAGUGAAUUAGACAGGUCACUCUAUAAUAAAAGUGCAGGGUAGGAUGUGUUGUGUGUGUCACCAUUUAAUAUUUUCCACAAUUUCCUUAUUUGGACAACCAAGUUUAAUAUUUUCCUUUCAUGCCAGUAAUAAAAGUGUAAAUACCAAUUUUUAUACUGUAUCUGAUGCUCAGAUGUACAAAUGUCUACAUAAAAGUGAGUUUAUGAACAGUAAAAAUCUUUCACUACAGUUGUAGACAGUUUAUUAUUAUGUGUAAUAUCUGACAUGGACUGGACUGCAGACCGGACAUGUGCUUCUGUUAAUUUUGUAACAAUUGUACAAAGUCAGCUUAUACACUUAGCUGGUUGCUUAUAAAUCCAAACAUUAUAAAUAUCAGUUUAACUAACAUCUGUUUUUGAUUUAUGCUGUUAGCAUGGAGCCGUCAUUUCCACCGACAUACGCAAAGCUUUUUGUGGUACAUUUUUUUCUAUUUGCCUGCUAGGAUUUUCUUGUUAGCAAUGUUGGCACUUCUGCCACUAAAUGCUACUUAUUAUAGAUUUGCAUAACUGUUGAAUAAAAUAUAUAAUUUGGUUA